AUGGGGCGAGGUCGAGAAAGGAUCCGCAGCGCCCUGCUCAAGCCCCCUGCCAGGUCUGGAGGGCUGAGCAUCACUCCCGCCGCCCUACUGCGGAUCCAGACCCAAACCACUUCAGGGAGGGCAGUGGGAUACAAGGAAGGGAGAGGGAGCCGGCGGUCCUGGUGGUCCCCGGCCGGGGGCAUCGUGCCAAGUCCGGAGAGUCAAGCACCCCGCCAGCUCCCGCACGGUACCUGUCCCCAGGCCGAUCGACCCUCGGACUGGCCCCCAGACCCAAACUACCCACUCCUUGAAAGUGAGGGUGAGAUAGGAAGGGAAAGGGAGCCGGCCUUAAGGGCCCCCGACCGGAGGAGUCCUGCUAAGUUCGAAGCGCUGAGCAUCCCUAACCUGCAGCCGCAUCGGACUGCUCUCCUGCACCGCGACCCUGGCGCAGACCCCCCAGACCCGGUCCGCUGCGGGGGAUGUGGAGUCCCUCCUCGCUCCAGUUUCGAGCUCUCCACGAACCCCGCGUCCCUCGGUGGCCCCAGCCAAGAAGUGCCUCCCCUCGCCCCGCCUCGAUCGAGACCCCUGCCGUCCCCGUCCGCCCCCGGCCCCGGGCCCCGCCGCAGCCAGUGCUCGGCGCCCGCCCGCCCUCCCCGCGGCGCGCGGACUCAGCCCGGCCUUACCGAGUCUCGGGACAGAGGUGCAGCGGCAGCGACAGCGGCGGCCGAGUGA